AUACGAUGGAAAUUUAUUGACUCCUUUCAUCAAAAUUUUCCACGAAUUACGGAGCAGGAAGUGGACAAGAAACUUGAUGAAGAUUUUGCAUCAUGGUUCACAAGAUAUGCUCGGGUCCACAUAGAUAAUCAGUUCAUCAAGGCGCUUGCAGAAGGUCCAUGUCGAUCAGCGAAACCAUACACUGGUUAUAAUGUCAACGACUUUAAAUUUCACACUAAAGGUCACAGUUUUUCUAGAGCAUCUGAUAACAGUGGUGUUUGCAUAAAAGGAACCAAUUAUAGUGCAGACGACAAUGACUACUAUGGUGUGCUUACUGAAAUUCUUGAAUUGGAGUACAAGGGGAGUACACUGAUCAAAAGAACAGUUUUAUUUAAAUGUGAUUGGUUUGAUCCCACACCAAAUGCAGGAAUGAAGAUUCGCCUGCAAUAUAAACUUGUGGAUAUCAACCAUAAAAGGAAAUUGAAGAAAUAUGGCACCAAGGGGGGUGGACGAAGCAGAUAUUCUGGAGAAAGAACAUCAGAUCCAGUGACAUCUCCUCUAAUGUCUAGUUUCACACCUGAUCGAGCACCAUCAUUGCCUGAAGUGCUGACACCAAUUAUGCCGGAUUCAGUUGUUGUCAACAUAUCGGUACCAUCUUCAUCUGUGGGGAUAGAAACACCUAGAAAUGACAUUGUAUCUACAACUUCGUCAAAUACAACUGAUGAUAUCCGCACCCGAAUUGAAAUCGUCCUGGGACAUUUGGAGCCAAGUAACGAUAUAUCUCGGGCGAUCACAAAAAUCUUUAAGGAAAAAUUGGAUCUCGAAGGAUAUGAUUGGAAGUCACUUACACCAGAGAUUAAGGACUUCUACUGGGAGGAGUUUAAGAAGUGAUUCCAUUGGAAUAUGACAACUGAAGGUUCCAUAGAGGAUUAUUUUAUGAAAAAAUAUUCAAUACAAUACAAGGGUAUGCUAUGUGAAGCAAGAUCCUCUAAGGAGAAACGAAAAAAUAUCCCAAAAUCUGUUUGGGAGAGCUGGAAGCCUCACUAUGAUACUGAGAAUUUUAAGGCUAAAUUUGCAUAAUCUUCCAAAAAUCGACUAAGUGAGAAAUGUGGUGAAAGAUCUGCUCCCUCGCGCCAUACUAGAGGCUCCUGGACUCACUGAGAGCAUGCAAGACAACUGGCGACUGUUCUUGGACGGCCACCUCAUCCACACGAACUUUUGAAGAAGACACAUACCAAAAGAAACGAUGAGUUUGUGGAUCUGAAGUAUAAGAGCACAUAUGAUGCUGUAAUGUCUAAGAUCACAUCUGCAUCUCAGCUUGUAGAUGAAUUUGGCGAGUAUCCGACAGUAGAUUUUUCAAAGAUUUACAUGGAUGAAGUGGGUGGGGUUAAGAAGGCAUGUAUAUAUGGUCUUGGUUCUCAAGUUGUUUCUAUGAGAACGUUGGUUCAUCAUCUGCUUCAACUUCUCAACCUCAAGAUUGUAGUUUUGAUGCUCGAGUGAAGGAAUACGUUCAAGAAAUGAAGGAGGAGAUGAAACAUGAGAUGAGAGAAUAGAUACGACAUGAAUUGCGUGAAGAAGUGAAAAACGAAAUGCAGCUAGAAAUGCAAGAGUAAGUUGAUAAGAUUCUCCAAGAACGUUUGCCCAUCCUCAUAGCUGGGCUGCCUAAACCACCCCCUGGUACACUGCCUGCUAGUACACCUCCAACUGGUACGCCACAUUAGCUUAGACAUGACCCAUCAUCAAAUAAUGAUAUGAGUCAUUUAAAAUUUCCAAACUAUUGUAGGCAUAUCUUUCAUUGUUUGUUUCUGUAUUUGGAUUUGUUUUGAACUCUUCAUCUUAGCUUUUGCAUUGUUUUAGUCGAGUUAUAAUUUAUC